AUGUGGGAAUCAAACCGUCUACUGCAGAUCCUCUUGCCACUUAUGGGAGACCCUGAAGGCCGUUUUCUAUCGGACAGCACCUUUGAGGACUUCUUCAACUUGGCCAAUAUAGCAGAUGCAAAAAGAUUCUUCUCACAGGAUGAACUAUCUUUCCGAGAUGAAGACCAGCAGAUUUUGACGGAACUUGCGGACGCAACCCUCAUUGCUGGAUUUUUGAAUGCUUACACUGAUAAUGAAUCUGUGACGGCGACCCGGCGCCAUUUUUUCGAGAAAGCCCGUUCUAUCGCUGCUGUAAUCGCUUCAGAACAUCAAAAGUUGCUAAAGAGCAGACCAUACUCUAAUUGGUUAUAUCUGGCGGAGACUGAACCUAUUGGGCUGCACGAGAUGCUGGGCAGCCCAAACAGUCCAGUGAUUCCCCCUCUCGUUUGGUGCCGGGAUUUUAUGGGUGGCAUUCAAUUAUCUCUACCUAGCGGUGUUAACCCUGCAAGUCGUAUCCAUCGCCCAGUGUCUGCUGCUGCUGCUGCUGCCACUUGUUCACAAGAGAGCAGUUUGGAGAUCCUCAUGACAGUCGCAAAACAACAAGGAGACUACAAAUGGCAGCUAUUUCUCCUCCAGGUGCUCCUAAACAACUGCUCUCACUCUGACGGGAGGCUUGCCCUCAUACGAGAUAUGACAAAUCUACGGCGAGGAGUCAUGGGUGAUUCUGGCGGUUAUCUUCAGUCUUUAAUUGCCGAGUGGCUUGUCCUCUCACAGUCUGAUCUGGAGGCUGCCAGUGCCACGCCCAUGAAUCUCUACUCGCGUUUUGUCGAGUUCAAUGACUCGUUUCCUUCUCACUUCGACUUCAGACCAGAAGAGAGACAGCGCUUAGGGGUGGUCUUAUUCGACGUCCCCGUCUUUGAUUGGUUAAAACACCAGGCCAUGGAGCAACUGCUACGAGGGAUGAACCGUCAUGCCGAGGCCGAUGUCUCGAGAAUUAGAAUACCGCAAAUUGAGCGGCAUUUACCAUAUCAUGCAACUGUUCGUCUCGGCAUAGCGAUCAUCCGUUGCGUAGGUUGUGCAGACUGUAGUGGAGACAUGUAUCCAUAUUAUCCGCACAACUUACCAAUGUAUGGAGGUGGUCCAUAUAUACCAUAUCCUCACCAUACAUAUCCAACGACUUACCCCGUGCAUCCGACUAUUGCUAAUCAGGAAGUUCCUUAUUGGCCAAUUUCUCAUCAGCAUGCUGCUCACAGGGCGAGCAGAUAUACAACUCAACAACCUGCUCCUUCUAAAUCUGCUUCUUCUCGGAGCGUUUCUCCUCUGCGUGAUUCUCCUCCGCGUGUCUCUCAACCUUCCUCUCCGCGAUCAGGUUUGCGUACACUUGGGCCAGUGAGGCACCGUGAUCCGACUGUAGAAGAGGAUACAGCCUGGCAUGUGGAAGAUUUGAUUCGAGAUUCGCGAACCCCUGGCCCGCGAGUAAAGGAAAGGUCCUCCAAAUCCCAAGAAGGCCCCAAGGGGGUGACGAUACGGGUUGACUCGACAGUGGAAAAGGGCCUUGAUGGAAAGAAGACAAGUGGCGACAAUCAAGAAGAAGAUCAACGAGACAGCGAUGGGGGCUAUGGUGAUGAUGAUGAACAAUGA